AUGGUCCAAAUCAACAGUCAAGUAGAAUGCGCGCCAAUUACUACAACAGGAGGUUGCAAACCGUGUUCAUGCUCUGGUACUGGCACUACUGGUACUACUGUAAAACGACAUAAACUUCACUGCGACUACGUUUGUCCUAUGUGUCCUGAAGGGAUAGCUUAA